AUGAAGAUUUCGGAGAGGAAUGUGAUGCGCCUGGCCGUUGUGCAGCACCUUCGCGCUGCGUAUGGAAUAAAGAUGAAGAACUGGAACAAAAACAAAGCGAGCAACGGCAAGUUAACUACCAGUCAUUCGUUCAAAGUUUUUGGAGUGCCUCUGGACAACUUACCACAGUGCAAUGUGGCUGAAUAUGGAACCAUACCGUGCUUUCUGGUGGAUGCUUGCACUAGUCUAAUGGAACAUGUCCAUACAGAGGGCUUGUUCAGGAAGUCUGGCUCUGUUGCUCGUAUGAAAACUCUCAAGGGGAAGCUUGACCAGGGUGAGGAGUGCAUCCCGAGUGCACUCCCCUGUGAUUUGGCUGGUCUGCUGAAGCAGUUCUUCCGCGAGCUGCCGGACCCCGUCCUGCCUCCUGAGCUGCAUGAGGCUCUGCUUAAGGCACAGCAGCUGCCCACUGCAGAGGAGAGGACCUCAGCCACCCUGCUGCUGUCCUGCGUACUGCCAGACAAAAACUUGCACACGCUGCGCUAUUUCUUCAAUUUUCUCAAGAACGUGUCCCAGAGAUGUACAGAGAACAAGAUGGACAGCAGCAACCUGUCGGUGAUUUUCGCCCCGAACCUCCUGCACUCCAGCGAUGGGACUGAGAAGAUGAACGGCAGUGCCGAGAAGCGGCUAAAGCUGCAGGCUGCAGUGGUGCACUGCUUCAUCGAGAACGCCGCGGCCAUUGGUGUGGUGCCUCAGUUCAUCGUGGAGAAGGUCCCGGCCAUGCUCGGCUGCGAGGCCGGCCUUGCCUCCCCUUUCCUGGAGGGCGUGGAGGAGGGGGAGGCAGACUCUGCAGUGAAGAAACGGCACAGGCGCAGUGUGGGAGAUAUGGUAAAUGGCGCUCUGAAUAAGUUAAAAACUAAUAGAACACCCACAAACACGCCCCAAUCUGACAGAGCAGCAUUUUCAUCAGCUACACCUGUGAUUCUGACUCCAAACACCAAACGGAAGCUUCCCUCAGAAUCUUGCCAGAGCCAUGGAUUCUCAAACAAGAAGCGUCGAUCCAUUAAGAAGAACCUUGGUCUGGAAUUACUUCCAAAUGUUUUAUUUGGUGGCAGUUCUACUCCUGCCUUAGAGUCCAGCCCCUCUGUGUCCCUGGACUCGUCCCAGAGUGGCUUGUCCUCAGUGGGGGUGGCCAGCAGACACUCGGCCAGCUCCGCCAGGAGAAAGAGCAAACGGAUGAGCUACAAACAUAUCAACAGGGUUGAAUCGGGGAAGGCUGGCUGCUUCUCACCCAAAGUCACAAAGAAAGAGGCAGUCCGCAAGUCUCUGCGAUUGCGCUUCAGUCUGGGAAAGAGCAGUAGAGACUCUGCAAAAGGAUCAGACACCAUUGGUUGGCGACUUGCCACUCAAGAAAAUGCCAGCAGUUUUCGGUUUGCCAAAGAGGUGGCAUUUAGCCCAGCGGUUAUACGAAACAAGAGUGCCUCGAAAAGUUCCAAGUACAUAAGUAAGUCUGAGGACAACCUGCUCACCCCUCAGUGUGACCUGACCAAAUGCCGGGUGUCCUGGAUUGGGGCCAGUCCGGCUGAACCCGCGGACUGCAGCAGAGACUCCUAUUCUGACACCCCUAUGGGCACGUGCCUCAAGAACAACUACUUCUCAGAGCCCGCACUGGUCCCAGGCAAGCCCCCCAUCAUCGGCAGCAUUCCCAAGCGUUUCUGCUGUGCUUCCAGUGCCGAAAGCCUGGAGGGGGAUGGCUCUUUUACUGAGAAUGACCCUGUAACCGGUCCCACCCUACUGAAGAUCAAGAGGGCAUUUACAGAGUCUGGCAGUGACUUGCAGGCACUCAUUGAGGACCACAGUGCCCCCUCUGGAGGGGAGGUGCAACUGCAUCCAUGUGAUGACGUUGAAACAACUGACACUUCCUUGUUUCCAAAUUCCUCUGCAAGGCAAGAUAUGCCAGAAGAGGGGAAACCAAUGGAUGACCAAAACAUCACAUUUGGUCAGAUUGAAAUUGUGCCCUUGUCUCCUUUGCAUAUAGACAGUGCACUUUUUGACACAGGACUGUUAGAUCAUGCAUCAGAAACGGAAGGCUCCAAGUUGUCCCAGUGCACAGAUGGAAAUGAUGACAGUACAAGACAUGGUGAGACUGAGCAAGUAAACACCAGCAGGCUCAUUGAAGCCCUUGAUAUUAGCCCUCUACCCUUCAAACUUAGUGUCUCCAGAGAAGUACAGUCAACACCUUACAGGAAUAUGCUGACAGAUCACGAGCUGGACACCCCACUGCCUACCUCUAACAAAGUCCAAAUGCCAGUGAAGGAGGCUGAAUCAGAGCGAUCACCUGUGUCCAAACUACAAGCUGGAAAUCCAGCAAAUUCUCCAGGUACCACAGAAGCCCACAAGUUGAGGGUGGCUGACCACAUCCAACGGUUCAACAAGCUUACCUUGAUCUCGCCCAAGACCAAACCUGUCAGGUCCCCCCUCAAGUUCCAGCGUACCCCUGUGCGACAGUCUGUCAGGAGGAUCAACUCCCUUCUGGGGGACAGGAGACCAACAAGGACCAUAAAUUAUCCAGCCAAGGGGGGAACCCCCAUUGCAAAGUCCAUUAGCUGUGAUAGCGGCUUAGCUCAGGGAGCAGAACUAAAGCUGCACCAAGGUGAAGGCGAGGUUUGCGACUCCCUUUCUAAUGGAAACAUGCGCACUUGCUCAAAGGCGCCCCCUCCUGUUGCGCCCAAGAGGUUUACCAGCAUCAAUCCGCAGAAAAAGCAUGGUGCGCUUGGGGAUGUGACAAACAAGGCACAGCAGAAGGCCAAAGCUGACCCCCUACUGGCAAACAAGAAUGGUACAGCCUCAGCUCAAGUGCACCCAGAGAAAUCGGUCCUCCGUGAGAUGGCUGAGAAAGAUAAGUGCCGCUACAGAGGUUCACCCAAGAAUCCCCUGGCUGAAGGCAGGCUGCUGUCAGCCACCAAGCCCCUGGACCUCUGA